AUGCGUUUCUUCGCCGUUUCGGGCGCUGCCCUCGUCUUCGCCUCCGCGGCGGUGGCAAGGGAGAUGGCCAAGGAUGAGGCGCGAGCCAAGGCCUUCUACGACAACGGCCUCACGCACCAGCAGCACCUCAAGAACAAGGUGGACAACUGGAUGGCCGCGGCCGACGCCGGCCUGUUCAGCUCGGAAAAGUGGCCGCGCCUCAACUACACCAAGUGCAUCGACGGCAAGGUCGAGGCCGUCAAGGGAGACCCCCUGCACACCUUCAAGUGCAAGAACAUCGACCUGUACGACUUCAUCAACCACGCCACCCUCGGCUCGCCCAACGGCUGGGACGAGGCGGGAGACGGCCUCCUCCUGACCGGCAGCGGCUCCUGGGGCUGGACCGACCCCGAGUCCGGCCGCGAGUUUAUCGCCAGCGGCAUGUACGACGGCACUGCCCUGCUCGAGAUCCUGCCCGAGGGGCGUCUGCUCCACCUCGCGUUCCUCCCGUCGCCUGUUGACCCGAACGAUCGCUACUCGUUCUGGAAAGAACUGCGGUCAUACAAGCAUUACAUGAUCAUCGGCUCGGAGAGGCGCGGCCACGGCGUUCAGAUCUUUGACAUGAGGAAGCUCCUGACCGUCAACCCAGCCAAGGCACCUGUCAAGUUUGACGGCUUGGCCGACCUGACUGGCCAUUUCAUGGAGAUGCCAUUGGGUGCGAGCCACAACGUCGUCGUGAACGAGGAGAAGGAGUACAUGGUCGCCGUGGGCUCGGCGCCGCGCACCGACGUCGAGUGCCAGGCCGGGCUCAUUUUUGUCGACCUCAAGGACCCGUCCAAGCCGAAAAAGAUUGCCUGCAAUGGCGACGACGGCUACGUGCACGACGCCCAGUGCCUUCCGUAUAAGGGACCUGACACCCGGUACCAGGGCCGCGAUAUUUGCUAUGGUUAUAACGAGGACUCGUUAACCAUCUACGACGUGACCGACAAGACCAAGUCGACGAUAAUCUCUGUCACGUCCUAUGAGGGCGUGCAGUACUCGCACCAGGGUGUCGUGCUGGACCCAAACAACCAGGAGUUCCUUCUCCUGGACGACGAGCUGGACGAGAUCCGGUCCAGCGGAAUGGCCAUGGACAAGUACCCUGUAACCUACAUCUGGGAUAUUCGAGACCUGGAGCAUCCCAAGCAAACCGGUCUCUACAAAGGCACCGUCCCUGCUGUGGACCACAACCAGUACGUCAUGGGCAACGGUCUGGUCUACCAGUCCAACUACAUGGCCGGCUACCGCGUCUACGACAUUUCGUCCAUCCCCACCGACCCGACCGGAAAUUCGGUCUGCGAGGUUGCGUACCUGGACAUCCACCCCGAGGACGACGCGGCCCCCGGUGGCGGCGUGGCCGACAUGUUCGGCACGUGGUCGUCGUACGCCAUGUUCCCUUCGGGCUUCAUCUACAUCAACACCAUCGAGCGCGGCGGCUACCUGGCCAAAAUGACGCGCCGGGCGUCGUGCCCCCGCGCCGCGUCGUGCAAUGCCGAUAACUGCCUGCGCGCGAUGCGGUCCACCAGCGUCGCCGGCCGUUUGGAGGAAAGCCAGAAGUUUUGCGGCGAGUUCACCAAGACGUUCAUCGCCGACGUUAGCGUUGUCCCAGACUAUGCCAGCAAGGCCUGCGGCGCCAAUGUCAUUUCGCGCGUGAGCUCUGCGUGCUCCUGCCUGCCCACGCCGACCCCUUGA